GACUUGUUGAUCUUCAGGGACAGAGAUACUGAGCCCCAAAUGUGGGGAAGCGUCGCUCAUCCGGGUGUUUGAGAAGGACUCAGUGCGGCGUUGCCUCCCGCCCCUCGCUCCUCGUAGCCCGAAGGUAAGCUCGGGCGCCGUCACGAAAACAGGAACACUCCGGAGUACUCGACUUUGCUUGCCCUGCGUUCGUAGCCUUGGUGGGUUCAGAACAGACCACCUCCCACCCACCCGCCGAAGUAGCUCCGCCUACCGCGCGCCCACUGGGGGCGGAGCCUGUUGCGUCGCGCUGUCGUCACUUCCAGGGGACCCGGAAGCGCCGUUCUCCGGCCGCUGUACUUAGAAAGUCGUGAUGGGGAUAUGUUAGAUUUAAGCCCGUGGCCGACCGUGGGCCGAGGGCCGGCGGGGACUGCUGUGGCCCGGGCGAGUGCGAAGCAGUUUCUGGGACAGUACAGGCGAUUCCUGGCCGUGUGCUUCUCUUGUGGCGGUGUCGCCCCGCCUCUAGGAUAGGACUGGCCGCGGCUCUCGGUGCCUAGGACCCGGCGGGCGCUUCUGCAGGCUGCCCCGCGUCCGGCAUCCGGUCUCCGACAGCUGGGAGGAGCGCCUUCGGGAACAGUUAUCUCCCCGUCGUUCACUGCCUCCGCCAAGGUCUUCGCGACCCUCUUCUGGUCGAAGUCGAGCAACCCGUUCUGACCAUGGAGAAGUUUGGCAUGAAUUUCGGGGGCGGGCCGAGCAAGAAGGACCUACUGGAGACCAUUGAGACGCAGAAGAAGCAGCUCCUCCAGUACCAGGCACGUCUUAAGGAUGUGGUCCGCGCCUAUAAAAGCCUCUUGAAAGAGAAGGAGGCUCUAGAGGCCAGCAUUAAGGUGCUGUCGGUAUCCCACGAGGCGGAUGUCGGCCUCACAGGUGUCCAGCCUCCAGGCCUCUCUUUUCCUGACUCUGUGGAUGACCGAUGUUCCACUCACAGCGAGGAUAGCACUGGGACUGCCACCAGCUUGGAUACUGCGGCAAGUCUCACCAGCACCAAGGGUGAAUUUGGGAUAGAUGAUGACAGGCCGGCUCGUGGACCCCCACCUCCAAAGUCCGAAGAAGCCAGCGGGUCGGAGAGUGGCGUUAGCAGUAGCAGUGGGGAUGGACCAUCUGGGGGUGGGGAAGUGGACAAACGACUGCACCAGCUGAAGACUCAGUUGGCUACUUUGACCAGCUCUUUGGCUACAGUCACCCAGGAGAAGUCUCGCAUGGAAGCUUCUUACCUGGCUGACAAGAAGAAGAUGAAACAGGACUUAGAGGAUACCAGUAAAAAGGCAGAGGAGGAGCGGGGCCGUCUGGAGGGAGAAUUGAAGGGGCUGCAGGAGCAGAUAGCAGAAACCAAAGCCCGACUUAUCACCCAGCAGCAUGAUCGGGCCCAAGAGCAGAGUGACCAUGCCUUGAUGCUUCGUGAGCUCCAGAAACUGCUGCAGGAGGAGAGGGCCCAGCGCCAGGACUUGGAGCUUCGGCUGGAAGAGACCAGAGAAGCCCUGGCAGGACGCGCUUAUGCUGCUGGUCAGAUGGAAGGGUUUGAGCUGCAGACCAAGCAGCUGACCCGUGAGGUGGAGGACUUGAAAGGUGAGCUGCAGGCUCUUCGGGAUGAGAAGAAUCGGCCCGACCCUCGGCUGCGGGAGCUUCAGGAAGAGGCUGCCUGCCUGAAGAGCCAUUUCCAGGCUCAGCUGCAGCAGGAAAUGAGGAAGACAGCCCUUGCAGAGGAUCAGCUACGCCAGCAAUCCCAGGUGGAAGAGCAAAGGGUGGCGGCCCUGGAGAAUCAAAUCUCUGAGGUGUCCGAGCUGCUGGGCACCUAUGAGAAAGCCAAGCAGAAGGACCAGCUGGCUAUCCAGAAGCUAAAGGAGCGCAUCCUGCAGCUGGACCUGGAGAACAAGACGCUGGCCCUCGCCGCCUCCAGCCGCUCCCCGCUGGACAGCCAUGGCGAGGAGUCCAGUCUGGAUGUCAACGUCCUGAAGGAUAAGAUGGAGCAGCUGAAGAGGCUGCUGCAGGUGGCGGCCAGGAAAAGCCAGGUAACCCUGGACGUGGAGAAGCUCUGUGACCUGGAGAUAAUGGCCGGCUCGGAGGCUGCUGACGGGGAGAAGGCUUCGGCACUCUACUACCAACAGGAGCUGAAGCAGCUUAAGGAGGAGUUCGAGAGGUACAAGAUGAGGGCCCAGGUGGUCCUCAAGAGCAAGAACACCAAGGACGGCAAUCUGGCCAAGGAGCUGGAGGAGGCCCAGGAGCAGCUCGCCGAGCUGAAGGAGAAGUACAUCUCCCUGCGGCUGUCCUGCGAGGAGCUCGAGCGCCAGCACGGGCAGGAGGCCGAGGACUGGAAGCAGGAGCUGGCCCGGCUGCAGCACGUGCACCGCCAGGAGCUGGAGCAGAGCCAGCUGGACUUCAGGGAGCGUGCGCUGCGCCUAGAAGAGGAGCUGCACAAGCAGCGGGACCGGGCCCUGGCUGUGCUGGCCGAGAAGGACUUGGAGCUGGAGCAGCUGCGCUCUGUGGCCUUGUCCUCGGGGCUGCCGGGUCGCAGGAGCCCCGUGGGUGGCGGGGGGCCCGGGGACCCGGCCGACACGUCGGCCCCGGACAGCCUGACCCAGGCGCUGCAGCUGGCCGCGGCCAACGAGCCCACGUUCUUCCUGUACGCUGAGCAGCUGGCCCGCAAGGAGGUGGAGAUCGCGUCGCUGCGCAAGCAGAAACACAGGGUGGAGGGGGAGGUUCGGCAGCUGCAGGACCGGCUGCUGGAGGAGGGGGAGCGGCACCGAGAGCAGGUAGCCGCCCUGCAGAGCCACAUUGAGAAGAACAUCAGGGAUCAGAGUAGGGAGGGAGCCAACCUGGAGUACCUCAAAAACAUCAUCUACCGCUUCCUGACCUUGUCUGACAGCCUGGGCCGCCAGCAGACCCUCACAGCCAUCCUGACCAUCUUGCAUUUCAGUCCCGAGGAGAAGCAAGCCAUCACGCGCCUCCCAACCAGUGGUGGCUGGUGGCCUUCUGGCAAAAGAUGAAUGCCCUUUUCGAGGACUCCCGAAAUCUCUGUGCCUCUGGUGUGGGAAGGGACAGACUGGUUUCUGCUGCCCCUUCUCUUAACAUUAUAAUUUUUUUCUUCACUGUGUUGAACUGGAAGAGUCUUUAAUGUGGGAUGGGAUUUUCUGCCAAAUGCCAUGAAUGCCACAUUGUCCUUGGGCCCUAGAGAUACUGAAAAUGUCCCAAUAAUACUUAGAUGGUGCAUUUGUGAGGGGAAGACGGGGGACAGAUGAAGACUGGGAGGUGCCAAAGUUGGGGAGGUGGUGAGAAUAUUUCAAAAUAAGACUUUCUCUUUUAGUAUUACACUCCUAGCACAGAACCAGGAGUUAAUGUGACUCCAAAGGGAGUUCAGUUAUUUCUAAAUACUCACAAGGACCGGCUGUUCAUGCCCCAUCUCAUAAUCUGAGUCUGGUCCACCGAUGCCCCAAUUUUCUGGGGACAUAAAUCAGGGCUGGAGAGGAGCCAAGAAGUUUGAAAUAGUGACCUAUUGUUCCCUGUUGUCCACAGAUUCUUCCAUUUUGGAACUGGGGAACUUAUUUAGCUGGGGCUAGUACGGCCUGGUCAGUCUGGACAAAACAUACCCAUAAGGAUGUAGUAUGUAUGUAGAGGGCCCCGAGCACCAUGGCAGUCCUAGGGAUUUCCUGAGUAACCCGCUUUUGGCCUGCAUAGGGUUUCUGUGGGCCUCUUGGAUUUGACCCUGCCUUAACCUGUCUGUCUCAGUUUGGUCUGGGAUUGUGAGUAAAUGAUUUUGCUAGCUUUUCCUCGAUGCUGAACUUCCAUUAAGAAAAAACCCUGGCUUUCUUACAGCAGAGGAUCUGAUUGGGAAGCUCUGAGCCUGUCUGGUUACAAAGAAUUAGCUCAGAGAUUUACAACCUCCUCACCUCCCCGCAGCUGUUUCUGCCUUUGUCGGGACUGAGAAGAGGAGGAUUUGCUGAUUAUAGAAGAUUCUGUGACCCUCACAAGAAUGUGGUGGAAGUUCAGCCGAGGAGCUGGGGGUGCCAGCUGCCCCAUGGACAGCAUUCUGGCUAAAUCUUCAUGUCCCUGCAAGCCAGGGUGUUCAUGGGUUAUUGCCUCCAGGGUAUUUUGCCCACUCCUUUAGCAGGUGACAGAGUUUCAGUACACAAUCCUCAUCUUCUCUACAUGCAUUACUAUAAUUUUUCCUCCUUCCUGGGUUUCUUUUUUAAUGUUUGGUCUUGCACAAGUAGAUUUAAUCUGCACAUAAGAAAAGGGAGCCUCAGGCCGUCUGGAAAGGAGGGACUCAGAAAAGUUGGGUUCAGACAAUAUCAGUUCCCCUAUUCUGCCCUUUCCUCCGUCUGCUCUUGAUCUGGUUGUAGAGAUCUUUGGACCCUAAAGACCAAUGCUUUGUCACUGACUGGACUAAUGUGUAUCUUUUCUGUUAUGUCAUCACAGCUGCUUUGUGAGGGUUUAGGGUGCAGAAGACUUUGAUUAAAUAUUCUAAUUGGGAGGCUGGAUGUCCUAGACCGUCUACGAACAGCAGACUCAAUGAAACAGAUGCGAUGUGUUCAAAUGAUAACAGACCACAGAGUCAUUAAAUCUGAACAACCUGA